AUGGAAGGUUUGAAUAAAGCAAACACAAGUUUUGCUCUCGACUUUUUCAAACAUGAGUGUCAGGAAGAUGGUGACAAGAAUAUUUUGUUCUCCCCUUUGAGUAUUUCAUCUGCCCUGGCUACUGUUUAUUUGGGAGCCAAAGGUAACACUGCAGAUCAGAUGGCAAAGGUACUUCACUUUAACAAAGCUGAAGGAGUCAGAAACGUCACCACAACCAUAAAAAUGCAAGUCUAUUCCAGAACAGAAGAGCAUCUAUCAAAUCGACAUGCCUGUUUCCAGAAGACAGAAAUUGGCAAAUCAGAUAAUAUACAUACUGGGUUUAAAACACUCAACUUUGAAAUCAAUCAACCCACUAAAAAUUACCUGCUUAAAAGUGUCAACCAGUUAUAUGGAGAAAAAACAUUGCCUUUCAGUAAGGAAUACUUACAGUUAGCCAAGAAAUACUACAAUGCAGAGCCACAAUCAGUUGACUUUGUGGGAGCAGCAGAUGAAAUCAGAAGAGAGAUCAAUUCCAGGGUUGAACACCAGACUGAAGGUAAAAUCCAAAAUCUGCUGCCUCCUGGAUCCGUAGAUUCGCUCACCAGGCUAGUCCUGAUAAAUGCGCUCUACUUCAAAGGAAAAUGGGCAACAAAGUUCAAAGCUGAAGCUACCAGGCAAAGGCCUUUCAGAAUAAACACGCAUAAAACUAAACCAGUGCCAAUGAUGUACCUGAGUGAUAAAUGUAACUGGACCUACGUAGAAUCAGUCCAGACUGACGUUCUUGAGCUUCCAUACGUCAAUAAUGACCUCAGCAUGUUUAUCCUGCUACCAAGUGACGUCACCAGCCUACAAAAGCUAGAAAGAGAAUUGACUUUUGAAAACUUGUCUGCAUGGACCAGCCCAGAAUUAAUGGAGAAAAUGAAAAUGGAGGUUUAUCUGCCCAGAUUCAUUUUAGAAGAGAAAUACGACCUGAAAUCUACUUUGAGCAGGAUGGGGAUACAGGAUGCCUUCACGGAAGGUCAAGCUGAUUUCACAGGAAUGUCAGAGAACGGCGAGCUGUUUUUGUCACAAGUUUUUCACAAGUGUUAUCUGGAAGUUAAUGAAGAAGGCACAGAGGCAGCAGCUGCCAGUUCUGCAGCACUGGCAUCACGAAGUCUUGGUGCUACUGUUAUUUUUGUAGCAGAUCACCCCUUCCUCUUCUUUAUCAGGCACAACAAGACCAAGAGUAUCCUCUUCUUGGGAAGGUUCUCUUCCCCCUAG